GUUGUUUAUGGCCCCGCCUCCUUAUGGCGCUCUAGCAUGGAGACCGCACGAUAGCGCCGCAGCUGGGAGCGGCAGAGCCGAGAGUGUCGUUUCUUCUCUGUGUACCUCACAUAAAGAGAAGAAAGACUGACGAGACGACCAAUCAGGGACCGAAGCAGAACAACAGAAACCGACGGGAACCGAAGGAAGAACGGACACGUUACAUUCUGCCGUGUCACCUCGUUUUAUUCUCCGUUCCGGGUGUGUCGGUGCCCUUUUAAACAACCUUUAAUGCCUCGAAUGUGAGAGAGAACGAGAAAGAGAGAGCUAGGCUGCUUUACGUUGGUUAAGCCGUAGAGGACUCGCUGGCCGCCAGAGGAAAAGAUGUGCGAUGGAAUGGUAGCGUUUCAGACGAGAGCUCUGUCCACGUCCACCUCCUCCUCCUCAUCUCCAGCCCACAGACUGGCUGCCUCCGCGCUUCUCCUCCUCUUCACCCUGCUUCCUCAUGGUCACGCAUCAGGUUGUGCGCGGACGCCUGGCGUGCAGCACGGAGACCUUCUGUACCAGACAGAGGCAAACCGGGGAUCUUUUCCACCAGGAACCCUGCUGACCUACGGGUGUGAGCCGGGCUACACUGCAGAUGGAUCGACCACCAUCGUCUGUACCAACUCUGGAACCUGGUCCCAUCCACCACCACUUUGUAUUCGAGGCAAUGUCUGUUCCCCUCCACCUGAACCAGAGAACGGCGGCUACCGCUGUCACCCCUCACCCUGCCACCACCUCACCCAGAAGACUGUCAUCGAGUACUUCUGUGACGAGGGCUACGCACUGAAGGGAGACUACAAGUUCCUCACCUGCCAGAAUGGCGAGUGGGACGGUCCCAUGCAGAUCAGCUGCAGACUAACACAAGUCAAAGAACAGAGCUCACCCCUGGGUAUUCCAGCCCUGUCCAUCGUCACCUCCACAGCCAGCUCUGUGGUCCUCAUCCUCCUUUUAGUGGUGUUGUUUGUUCUUGUACAGCCAAAACUCAAGUCCUUUCAUCACAGCAGGAGGGAGACGGGCGGGAUCUCUGGCCAGGGCAGCUCCAUCAUGGUGGAGGGUGUCCAGGUGAGCCUUCCCUCAUAUGAAGAGGCGGUAUACGGGAGUGGUGGACCGUGCGCCCCCUCGGGUCCUCCUCCUUCUCCGUCACCUCCUCCACCUUCUUUAGAGUCACGAGUCCCCAUCGUGCUCUCCGAGGGGUUUCCUCAGGGGGCCACCGGAGGCCAAGGUUCCAGCCGGACCCGGCACCACAGAGACUUAGACUUCUGUCUCCCGUCCACUUCCUCCUCAUCCUCCUACUCCUCCCGCCGUCAUGCAGAGCCAGUGCUGGUUCACCAGGCCCCUUCGUCCUCUUCUUCCUCCUCCUCAUCAUCCUGUUCUUCGUCAUGGGCCAGAGAGCACCCUGGGGGUGCAUGCGCAGGCCCCCUACCUCUACGUAGAGACUCUGAGAGCAGUGACCAGAACAGUCUGCUGUCUGUCACCUCCGCAGAAGAAUUUUCUGACGAUAUUCCCCUGCUGAAGGAAGCAUGAAGCCUGCCAGGCCUCCGUCAGCAUCGGCUGCAGAGCUCCCUCACUGUCUCUAUCUCACUGCUGACCAGGACCGACUGUGGCUGACAACCUACUUCCCUUCUCCGACCCCCCCCUCCCUCAGCAGCUGGCACGAAAAAUGUCUCGAACUAUUCCAUUCGCAAUUCUCCUACUGCAACCUCUGUCUACCACCAUCGCUAACCAUGCAGAGCAAAGCCAACAACCGACCUUCACUGGCACUUGGAGUAGUGAUGGAGCGACACUGGACCCAGCUCCAGUGUCAAACUAAAGACAAAUCCUGACCAGUGAAGCGCUGCCAGCGCAGCAGAAACCCUGUAGAUCUUAUGUAUACCAGUACAAGGUUGUGUAUUAUAGGCUUUGAAUUAUCGUACACCUGCCUCCUUCACCCAGGUGUCAUUCACUGUCUGGGAUAUCUACAGAUGUUUCAAAACAAAAACAGAAAAAUCACUUGAGAUGUUCACUCCUGAUGCCAUGGCACUCAGAAACAGAAUGGUCUUCCCUCUGUACUUGAAAAGUUGUGAGUGAUGAUGGGCUGGGCGUGUUUUCUUUUCUUCUUCUUCUUCU